AUGCUUGUUAUCUACUUCUUGUAUAUAAUCUUCAUUUCAACUAAGAAAGGUUUCUGUUAUGCAGGCCAUCAGGAAGACCCAAGCUAUCAGGAGCUCGAGAUGUUCGAAUGGUCAUCAGGCAUACGUGUAGCAUACUGUGUUGAUGCUCCUUUGCCUGAUGUCAUAUCGCCCUUCCGUCGAACGAUGGCCAAAAUCGCUACAAAGUACUGCCAAAACGUAACGGCUUGCAAUAUGAAAUCAACAACUGUGUUCAAUGCAGAACAGAUCGUUCUAAUGGAUGGCUUUCCACGAAGGGAAUAUGGAACCAUUCAGAUAAAGUUUUACAUAAUAUUACCUCAUAACACAGAUGCAGCUGUAAAACAACAGCGGCCACUCAUUCCCAGAGCUGUCAUAUCAGAUAUGCUGACGAAACAUUUGACGGAAAUAUCAAACAGGCUUGGAUGGUCCAUAAUUAGUUAUGAGAAGUAUCCUCGUUAUGAUUCUAUGACGGAAUUUAUGAACAUUGCUAUCAUACCGAUCGUUGUCUUCUCUAUCCCCUUAAUGAUAUUCUUAGCUUACUGGACUUCCACUUUACGACCAAAUAUGAACUCUGAAGCUUGGAUGGUUACAGGCUCAGCUGGAGGAAAAAAUGCUGCACUACGACGCACUAUGGAGAUUAUUGCGGAGGAGAACGCUGAGAUAGAGCGUCGGCAACGCUUAGACUUGACAAAGAAUCUUGUAAUUACGGGAGGAAAUGAGGGUAUCACCUCAACUGGGCAAUUGCUACUCAAUGUCGCCAGAUUAUCUAUGGCAUCCUCUCAACCACAGUCUCCGACAUCAUGCGCUUCUCCUCAAAUAAUUAUUUCGCCUAGUGACACUUUAUCUCCGAGCAGCUCAUCUGGUGCUGUUGGUUCGCAACAUGCUCAGCAUUUAUAUGUGAAGCCAAAACAUUCACGUCGCCAGUCUUCUGUUGACGACAUCAAGCAGGCGCGCAGAGCACGCGGUAUUCAUACGUCAUCUGGAGGUCAAAAGCGUUGGAAGUCGGGUAGUUUGAUGCUCGGUGCAUUCUCUAAGCCACAUUAA